GCCGACCAAGCGCCAGCACACGGCUGCUGCGGGGGCGUGAAGGCAUCUGAGUAGGGUUCUGGAACCUAUCGAUUCACGACAGAACAACCAGCAAGAGAGUUACGCUCAGCUGCGAGCGCUACGCUCGGGAGAGCACUACUACUCAGAGAGCACCUGGUUGCAAAUGGCCACGAAGCGCGAAGUCCUGGCAUGCCUCGAGCAAUCACAACUACAACGAAACUUCAGCAGACCAACAACUGCACGUUCAGUGCCGGGCCUCGCGCCGGCGCUGCACGCCUACCAGGCCGCGGCGCUCGAGUGGAUGCUGCAGCGCGAGCAACGCCGAGAUAGCCUGCCGGCGGCGGAGGCGCUGCUCGGCGGCACGAUACGUGACGUCCGCGGCGGCGUGUUGGCCGACGAAAUGGGCCUCGGAAAGACCGUCACUGUCGCAGCUUUAGUGCUCGCGGCGCCGGAGGGCGAUUCAUCACAACAAGCAGAAACGACGCGCGUCGCCUUGCGCCUAGGGGGCGCGAGGCUGCCCGCGACAACUCUUAUGGAGAAGCCGCUGCCCGACCCGCCCAAAGGAGAGCGCAGGGGAGGCGUCCGCGCGGUGUGCGUCUGCGGCGACGCCGUCUCCGACGGCGUGGUCUGCGCCUUCUGCGGCGCCGUCGCCCACAGAGCCUGCGCGGCCGCCGCGAGCUGCGCCUGCCUCGGUUCAAGGGGAGCUCCGUCGGAAAACGGCCUCGUGCGGUCGCGCGCAACUUUAGUGGUAUGUCCCGCGGCCAUCGCGGGGCAGUGGAAAGGCGAGCUCGCGCGGCACGCACCAUCAUUAAUAGUGGCGGAGUACCCGGGCGUGCAGGCCUUGCAGAAAGGUGCAAGGGCCGCGCGCCGCGCCGUCGAUUCAAGAAGGACGCGCAACUACGGCCGGGCUUUGCAAUCCCUCGGCGACUGCCUACGGCGCCUCGACGGUUCAAUGUUACGCCAAGCUGAUGUUGUUUUGACGACGUUCGGCGCGCUGCGUUCAGAUAGGUACUACCAGCCCCAGCAAGCAUAUGCCGCAAGAGUGCCGCCGUCGCCCUUGUUGACGACGGACUGGCGCCGCGUCUGCCUGGACGAGGCCCAGGUCGUGCGGGGCGGCGCGACGGCCGCGGCGACGGUCGCGCGCAAGCUUAGUAGUGAAAGGAGGUGGUGCGUCUCUGGCACGCCCGUCGCCGCUGGAGGGCUGGAGGACGUGCGCGCGUUGUAUGAAUUCUUGGGGGCGCCCGCCGGCUACUCUUCCAGACAGUGGAGUGAAGCGGUUGGUCGCGAGGGCGGCGCGACGAAGCUCGCUGAUCUAUUUAAAGCGACGGCCUGGCGCGCCACUAAAAGUCGAGUGGACCACGCGAUCCCGCCCCAAAGGUCGGUCCUGCGGCACCUGACGUUCGACGCCGUCGAGCGUUUUGUAUAUGACAGGUUAGAUGAGGCCUGCGCGCGCGACCUCGCGGCGUUAACGGGAGAUGCGGUGAACGAGGCCUGCUCCUUACAGGGCGGCGGCGUCUCGCGACUGAGGCAGGCCUGCGUGCACCCGUCGCUGGCCAUGCCGCGGCGGAAGCGGCGGAAGCGUAAAAGAGGCAUCGUGGAAGAACCGAAGGCCGUGGCGACGAUGGAGGAGACGCUGUGGCGCCUCGUGGAAGAUGCGCAGCUCAAGGCCGAGGAGUCGCAAAGAGAGAGGUUGUACCACCUCUUCGCGCGCGCGGGCGUCGCGCGGUGCCGCGCCGAUCUUGUAAAUGGCUUCGCUGCUCUCGGUUAUGAUGAAGAUGCGCCCGGGGUCGUGGCGGCUCUCGCACGAACGACGCGCGACCACCUGAAAGAUGCAAGAACAUUGUACGAGACUGCAUUAAGAGCGAUCCUCGACGGCCGCGACGCCGCCACGGGUUUAAGAGUGCCGCGGGACGCUGAAUCGGUCAAAACGAACGAGCGCUUGAGCUUAGGAAGAGCUAGGCGCGUCGUGCGCGUGGCCAUCAAGGCGAGUACAUCGAUGGACGUCCGCCUCGAGUCGAAGAAUCCCAGAGGUGGCUUCGACGAGGUCGCGCACGGCGCGACGGUUAUUGAUGAGUGGACGACCAUCGACGUCACGAAGCCCCACGAGGCCAAGGCCGAGGAGUGGCGCCUCGCGUCGAAGCACGACGGGGCGGUCGAGGCGCGGUUCUACGAAUCUCGCGUCGACUCGGACUGGGCGUUGGAAUUGCACUGCCUGCAUAACCUCGCCGCGACGAAGGAAUUGCUCGGAGACGACGGGAGCGACGAGAAGGAGGGCGCGCAACGGAUCCGGAAUCGCCAGGGCGCGGCGCGCUUCGACCGCGUGUCGGGCGCCGUCCAGCAGCUGGAGGCCUUCGCCCGCGGCCGGGGCGCGGUUCUGGAACAGGGCGCCGCCGACCACGCCUGGUGGCGCCGCGCGUUGCAGACGGACGGCGCGCCCGAGGCCUGUGAGCAGGUGCUCGCGGCGCCGACGACGCAGCAGUUCAACGCCGCCGCGUCGAGGCGCGGCUUCGAAGAGCGGUGCGAUUCUAACGUCGACGCGUUCGCGCGUCGCGUCGAGGCGGCCCUGCGGGGCGUGAGUGCCGCGCGGCGCGCCGCGCUCGCCGCCGCGCGCGACGGCGCGCGCGUCGCGAAGGGAGGCGGCGCCGAACUGCAACGCGAAAUCCAGGCGACGGGCGCGUGUCGCGUCUGCGCGGAAGACUGGGGCGCCGUCGGGCCCGUCUGCCCGACGUGUCGACGCGUGGACGUCAUCACGGACGCCUUCGCGCAUCUCAAGUCGGAGCGCCAGCACCUCAUCGAGGAGAACGCGCCCGUGACGCGCGCGCUCUGUGCGCUCGCGGCGCACGCGCCCUGGCGGCGCCUCGCGUCGACCGCGGAGAAGAACGAGGCCGAGGCCCUCUUGAACGCGCUAGGAGCGGCGACGACGGGCGAGUCGCGGGUCGAGACGUCGACGGACGCGGGCUGCAAGCACGAGCUCCUGCAAGCCAGAAGAGCGAUGACACACCUUACUGAUGCCCUGCUCAAGGAGAACGAGGCCCUCGCCGCGACGCGCCGCGUCGAAGUAUUAAGGGCGGACGCGGAUUUGUCAUUGUUGGAAGAGCACGAGAAGAACGCGCGGUGCUUCCCGGCGGAUCUGGGGGCGCGGGACUUGGAGGCGGCGGCGGGCGAGCAGGACGCGCUGCUUGAGUUAAAAACGCGCACGAAGCGCCUGGCGUUCCUGGAGAGCCACGCUGUUGAAUCUGAUGUGAAAAGCGACGACGACGAGGUCUGCCGCAUCUGCCUGGAGCGGCUCGACGCGUGCGGCGGCUACGACACGACGACGUCACUCGUAAGCGUGCUGCCCUGCGGCCACGCCUUCCACGACGCCUGUUUGCGGAAGUGGGCGAAGUCCAAGUGCCCGUCGUGCCGCGGCAAUUAUGGCGAGGCCGACGUGCGCAGCGCCGUCCGGAACAGUGUCACUGGGACGCGCGCCGUCGAGGCCACCAAACUUGAUAGUUUUCUCGAGGACGCUCAACAGGCAGUCGCGCGGGGCGAGCAGUCGGUGCGUGACGCGGCGUCUCACGCUCCUAAGGACCGCCAGGCCGGCGCGAUGCACCUUCCUAUUGCAAUCGCCCACAAGGAGGCGGAUGCUCCGAGAGGAAUUGGUCGUUCGCAGAACGGAGCGCGUCCCGAGAGCAAUCGCGACGCGACUAACGGGCGGCCGACACGCAGGUCGUCUUCUCGAACUUCGAGGAGGUGCUCGACGUCGUCGGCGCGGCGCUGCGCCGCAAGGGCCUCGAGGCGGCGCGCUUCCCGAAGGGCGUGGCGCCGUUUACUGCUUCAGAGUCGCGCGUGAGCUUCCUGCUGGCGCCGGUAGGGCGCGCGAACAACGGCUUAACGCUCGUGAACGCCGUGAACGUGUUCUUGCUCGAGCAGCCGGCGUGUGCCGCCGUCGAACUCCAAUGCGUGAAUCGGGUCCACCGCGUCGGGCAGACGCGGCCGACCACGGUUUAUAGAUAUGUGGUCAAGGACACGAUCGAGGACGCGAUCUAUGAGUACCACCGGACGCACACGGCAUCCGUCGAGGAGGACGUGAAGGAGGCGGAGAUCAAUGCGGCGAAGCUACUGUCGGCGCACGUGCUGCGGAAGCGUCAGAAAGUCGCGGUGGAUUCCUCCUCCGGCAGCACGGACGCUUCUGACGACGCCCCUGCUUCUGACUGACUGUGUAAUAUAGUUGUGUGCUAU